AUGCCUUGUUCUAGACUAUCAGCAAGAAAAUAUGAGUUUUUUCUGAUAAUGGUUUUUGCUACUGAGGAGAUCAACAAGAAUCCUUAUCUUUUACCCAACAUGUCUUUGUUAUUCACCUUCAUUGUUGGCCUAUGUGAUGAUAGAUUGGGAGUUCUGGAUGAAAUAUAUCCACAACAAAACAAUAGUUUGUUUUUUGCUAAUUAUAUCUGUGAAUUAGAGCCAAUUUGUGAUGUAGACCUUACAGGACCAUCACAGAAAACAUCCUUCAAAAUAGCAAUUAAUUCUAGGACACCAAAGGUUUUCUUUGGGCCAUUUAAUCCUAACCUGAGUGACCAUGACCAAUUUCCCUAUGUCUAUCAGGUAGCCACCAAGUACACACAUUUGUCCCAUGGCAUGGUCUCCUUGAUGCUUCAUUUUAGAUGGACUUGGAUUGGACUGGUCAUCUCAGAUGAUGACCAGGGCAUUCAGUUUCUCUCAGACUUGAGAGAUGAAAUGCAAAUAUAUGAGAUCUGUUUAGCUUUUGUGAAUAUGAUCUCAGAAACCAUGCAAAUAUACAUGACAAAUGCUAAGAUAUAUGAUAGACAAAUUAUGACAUCAACAGCAAGGGUAGUUAUCAUUUAUGGUGAGAUGAACUCUACCCUAGAAGUCAGCUUUAGAAAAUGGAGAUAUUUAGGUGCACAGAGAAUCUGGAUCACAACCUCACAAUGGGAUGUUAUCACAAAUGUAAAAGAUUUCACCCUCGAUUUCUUCCAUGGGACUGUCACUUUUGCACAUCACAAAGGUGAGAUUGCUAAAUUUAGGAAUUUUAUGCAAACAAUGAACACUGACAAACAUCCACUAACCAUUUCUGACUCUGUCCUGGGAUGGAAUUAUUUUAAUUGUUCAAUCUAUAAGAACAGCAAUAAAAUGGUUCCCUUUACAUCCAUCAACACAUUAGAAUGGUUGGCACUGCACAAAUAUGACCUGGUCCUGAGUGAAGAAGGUUACAAUUUGUAUAAUGCUGUUUAUGCUGUGGCCCACACCUACCAUGAACUCAUUCGUCAACAAGUAGAGUCUCAGAAAAUGGCAGAACCCAAGGUAUUCAUUGACUGUCUGCAGGUGGCUUCCAUGCUGAAAACCAGGAUAUUUACUAACCCUGUUGGAGAACUGGUGAACAUGAACGAUAGAGAAAAUCAUUGUGCAGAGUAUGACAUUUUCAUCAUUUGGAAUUUUCCACAAGGCCUUGGAUUAAAAGUGAAAAUAGGAAGCUAUUUCCCUUGUUUUCCUCAGAGUCAACAACUUCACAUAUCUGAAGACUUGGAGUGGGCCUCAGGAGGAACAUCAGUUCCCUCCUCCAUGUGUAGUGUGACAUGCACUACUGGAUUCAGGAAAAUUCAUCAGAAAGAAACAGCAGACUGCUGCUUUGAUUGUGUCCAGUGCCCAGAAAAUGAGGUUUCCAAUGAA